GAGAGAGAGAGAGAGAGAGAGAGAGAGAGAGAGAGAGAGAGAGAGAGAGAGAGAGAGAGAGAGAGAGCACAGUAUGCCCUUGCCUCCCUCCUUCCUCUCUAUUAUAAAACUGAAAGGAGCCUGAAAAGAGGAACAGUAGAGCUGGAAAACAAAGAAAGACACUGAAAGAGUACGGCAUAGAAAGGACAGGGAGAGAGAGACGGGGUAAAAUAACAGGACGUGCGUGAAGAGAGAGAAAGCGAGACAGACAGAGCUCAGUGCAGCAGCAUCACCACUUCCACUACCACUCUUCCAUAGCUACCUUUACUCCCUCCCUCCCUCCCUCCUCCUUUCUGUACUCCAUCUCCCCUGGUUCUCCCUCCUCCUCUCUGUACUCUGUGUCCCCUGGUUCUCCUCUUCUCUGUCUACUACUAUUACCGACAGCAGGACCAUGGAUACAGGAAGCCCCAGGAAGAUCCAGUUCACCAUGCCUCUCCUGGACUCACACCUGGACCCAGAGGCUGCUGAACAGAUCAGAAGACGGCGGCCCACACCUGCUACUCUGGUAGCAUCCAGUGACCAGUCUUCUCCAGAAAUAGAUGAAGACCGUCUUCCAAACCAGUUAUACAAGGCAGCCUUGAUGAACUCUCCCAGGCAGAGGAGGAAGGGAGCAAGAGCCACGCCCACUAUGAAAGAGUUACAGUUCAUGGUCGACCACCACCUGUAUCAACAGCAGCAGCAGCAGCAGCAGGGUGGAGGUGAUGAGUGUUCCUCAGAGAGCUGUCUGUCCGACAGACCCAGCCCGGACGCUCUGCCCAACGGGGAGGAGGAGGAGGAGCUGGAGCUACCGGAGGACGAGGAGGCCUGGGGAACCGAGGACAAGGUCACUGCAGAGGCCCUCGAGAAGCCGCGCUGCCAGAUGGAGGCAGAGUUUUCGCGGAACAGUCUAUCAGAAGCUACUGGGGGACAUGAGUGCCCCCUCUCCGAGGAGGAAGUGGGAUGCUCCGCCGUUCCCAUGGCAGCAACAUCAUCGUCACAACAACAACACGCACUAGCAGCUGCAGACACAACAGCUGCGUCCACAGCGAGUCCACUGGCAGAGAAGAACACGAAGACACCCAACCAGGCCAAACAAGACAAGUAGAACCGUAGAACCGUCUCCACAGCAACCUGGCACGCAUCCCAAGUGGCACCCUAUUCCCUAGCUAUGAAGUGUACUCCUUUUGAUCAGAGUAGUGCACUAUAUAGGGAAUAGGGUGCCACUUGGAACGCAAACCUGACGUUCAAUAAGUAACUUAGACAGACAGAUGACAGACAAUGACUGACCAUCCUUUUGACAGACAGACAGAUGACAGACAAUGACUGACCAUCCUUUUGACAGACAGACAGAUGACAGACAAUGACUGACCAUCCUUUUGACAGACAGACAGAUGACAGACAAUGACUGACCAUCCUUUUGACAGACAGACAGAUGACAGACAAUGACUGACCAUCCUUUUGACAGACAGACAGAUGACAGACAAUGACUGACCAUCCUCAAUGACAGACAAUGACUGACCAUCCUUUUGACAGACAGACAGAUGACAGACAAUGACUGACCAUCCUUUUGACAGACAGACAGAUGACAGACAAUG